AUGAUAAAACGAAAGGAUAAUAUAGAUUUGGUUUUGGAAUGCAUUCCACCCACCUGUUAUGCUUCAAUAGGUGCAGUUAUUUAUACAAAUACAAAUCUGCAAAUAAACGUGAUUAUCGGGAAAAUUCAAAAUGACUGGGGUACAUUAACAUCAAAAUGUGACAGUGAUAUUUUACACAAACAUGGCAGAAAGUGCAGAAUUUAUACUAUGAUUUAUGCUUUUGGAUUCUUCGGAAAUCUUAUAAUUUAUUUAUUGGCACAUUUAAUUCCUCUGACAAUUAAGCUUAUAAAAAAUACUGACGAACCUAAACCGCUCCUUUUUCUUCUUGAGCUUGGUGUAGAUUCAGAAAAAUACUACUAUUGGAUACUUCUUUAUGGUCAUUUAACUGGAUUUGUUUGUGCUGUUGUCAUAGUAAAUGGAGAUAAUAUUCUUUUCAUGUUCCUUGGACAUGCUUGUGGGAUAUUUGAAAUUAUAGGGCACAAGUUGACUACUGCAAUAAAUGAAAAUCCUGAUUUUAGUAAUUAUGGAAUGUUACGGCAGAAGGUCCAACGCGAAAUUAAGAUUUGUGUGACAAUGCAUAGAAGAGUAAGCCUAUUUAGUUCGUGUCUUCGUGACCUGCCAUGCUUCGAGGAGCUCCUCGGGAAGGAAGGUUAUGAACUCACUCCCUAUGCCUCAAUACGUUUACUCAAGGUGCUACUUAUUGUUGAGCAAUAUCGAUGA